AUGGGGCUCAGUGUGACCACUCAAUGUGGCGGCUCCGCUGAGCUCAGAGCCCUCUUUGUGCCGCCUCGAGUGGCCGUUGGGAGUGCGGCUGGGGACCUGCUGGCCGGUGGCUGUCCCCCGGGCCCUCCUCAGCCGGCGCUGGAGGCCAGCCCAACCCUGCUCCGCAGCCCUGAACACACGAGCACUUUCCAGCCUCAGGCCUUUGCUUGGGCUAGACCCACACUCGGAACGCAAGCACCCCUCCACUGGCUCGUCUUUCUCUCCACUGAGUCCCUGUGGUCUAGACUGAGCCACAGGGCCCCAGGAACCCUGCUCUGA